CAUUACCGUACCGUAUGAUCGGAUACUACCACAUUUGUGCAUGAUGGGUGUACGACGAGUUUUUUCGUGACAAGCGCUAGAGUGUGUUGCUGGAACCAGCUGGAACAUGUGACGAGGAUCUAUCUAAGUCGGUCGGUUUUUCGAACUUCCGACGCAGUGGAUUUCCUUAAAAAUAGGAGCUCGUCAAGACAUCUUUUCGCACUACGAGGGACUUGUGUAGGCUGGGUGUUGAUCGUGAAAGAACAAUGCUUGAAGAUGUCACCUCGGAAUUAGCCCCUCGAUAUUCUACCACGUCUCAUGGUUAACGAACACGAGAGUUAUGUCGAAGUCCGAUGCUCCAAAAUUCGUCACAGCGCUUUUCUCCUUCAAAGGGAAGAAUAACGAUGAAUUGUGUUUCAAGAAAGGAGAUGUAAUAACGAUAACUCAGGUGGACGAUGAAGGCUGGUGGGAGGGCACGUUGUAUGAUAAGACUGGUUGGUUCCCUUCGAAUUAUGUCAAGGAGUAUAGAGCUCCAGAUGGUAGUCAUGCGUCGAUUAAAAUGUCUCCAGAAAGGAGUCCACAAGAGUCACCUGCGCAUCAAAAACUUAAUCGUGAUAUAGUAUUAAAGGAUAUCGUCGAUUCUGAAAGAGUGAAUGUAGCUGAACUGCAAGGACUAGUAAAUAAUUUUCUACAACCUCUUGAAACAUCGACUAUACUGAAGAAAGAUGAGUAUAAACAGCUACUUGGUAACAUUCACGAGGUAUUGGAGACUCAUCAGUGUUUAUUAGCAAAUUUGGAAGGAACUGUUUUGCAAGGACUCUCUGCAAGAGUAGGGAAUCUUUUCCUAACUAUUGCGCCGAGGCUAAAGUCUAUUCACACUACAUAUUGUAACAAUCAUCCGCAAGCUGUUUGCAUAUUAGAUAGAUAUAGAGAUGAAUUAAAUGAAUUUAUGGAACGCAGUGGAGCAAUAUCACCUGGUAUAUUAGUAUUAACUACUGGUCUUAGCAAGCCGUUUCGAAGACUAGAUAAGUACUCUGCUAUGCUUCAAGAAUUAGAAAGAUACACUGAAAAAAAUCAUCCCGACAGAGGAGAUACUCAACGUAGUAUAACAGUUUAUAGAGAAAUCGCGGAUCAUUGCGUUUCCAUACGUAAGCAGCGUGAAUUAGCACUCCAAAUACUAACUAGUGGAAUUAAAGGUUGGGAAGGUGAAGAAUUAAAUUCAUUAGGCGAAAUUAUUCACGUCGGAUCUGUUACUCUAGCAACCGGUGUAGAUCGUAGAGAUAGAUACUUUGUUUUAUUUCCUACCACACUAUUGGUACUUAGCACCAGUCCCAGGAUGAGUUCCUUUAUUUACGAGGUAUAUUUGGAAACGUCUCUGUCACAUUGCUUUAAAAACACAAUAUAUAAAGAUUUUAAUUAAUUUUCUGAUUAAAGAAAUGCUUUGGAGAUCACUGGACCAAUGAUUGAAAGCAUUGUCGUACUGUGCCCUACAAAGGAAGAGAGACAGCGUUGGAUAGAUCUCUUAAUUCAGGAACAGUGUACUAGCCUCUUGAAAUCACCAACCACGCCUCGUCAGACAGGCAAUCAACCGAACGGAAAACACCAACGACCGGCGAUGGAGCAUUGUACAUCUCCAGGGAUUAAGACACCUUGGAGUAUUGCAUCAUUAAGACCCGCUCCUCCCCUGUAUUCUCUUAAGAAUUUUGGAAAAUUAGAUACUACUACAGAUACAUCACGCUCACCACGAUCAUGCAAUGAGCGACAAUUUGAAGAAGAUGCGAUUAUAUUGAAAGUAAUAGAAGGUUAUUGUCUUUCUGUCAAUGCUAGAUUUACUGUACAUUCUGGAGAGUCUAAUUCAAUGCUAGAUUAUGAAUCACAAAAAUCACGGGACAGGAUAUCAUUGACACAUAACAGAGGCAAUUGGGAAUAUUGUAACGACAGGACAUUAUCAGAAACAGUUAAAACCUUGAAGAAUCAAAUGACUGACUUACAAUCGCAAAUGUCGUUACUAACAAAACAAUUGGAUGAGGAGAGAAGAUCGCGACUCUCAUUAGCUGCUACGGUAAAACGUAGCAUGGGAGUUAUAGACGCAUAAGGAUAUCGAUAACAUCAAAGAAUUACAAGAAAGAAGUGUUCAAAAAUAAAUUUUUUACGAUGCUCAUUUCAUACGUGCAAAUUUUAAUCAUAAAACGCAUAAUAUAUGUCGCGUGUUGGAAUGUUUUCAU